AACAAAUAUUGGAAGACAAAAUAGAAAACAAUUUGCGACUUGUAGUUUGGUUUGGCUUAGUUUAGGAUUUCUUCCCAAGUAUCUGCAUAUCAUCUCUGCCUGAAAGCAUGAGGAAAAAGCAUUGUGCUCCAAUAGAGCUUUAAGUUCUUGCUCAUUUUGUUUAUAACGAUUUAGGCAGGCACUUCAAACAUGAAAAGCAUUUUGCUUGCAGGAUAAGUCUUCUGACUCAUCAUGCCACCAAAAGCUACUGGCUAAGGCAAAAAAUAAAAUAAAAGAGAGGGAAGUGGGUGGUUGUGGGAGCUGAAACUUGGCUGUAUAAUAAUAAAGUAGACAAAAUGGGGUUAAAUUGUGUAUGCAUGCUUCAAAACAUUUCUUGAUGACUUUACAGGUGACUGCUAAAUUUAAGUGUGUAGUACGGUUUGUAGCUGCAUUUCCAUGGCGGGUUGAGGAUUUCCGCUCACCUCGUGGUACUUACAGGAUUAGGUUUACCCUAGAGGAUCCGACUGCUAGAGUCCAUGCUUUUGUAUUUGCAGAAGAUGGGGUAAGAACAAUGGUUUUUUUAUCCUUCUUGACAUUUUGACAUCCUUGCCAUUUUCUGUUGUGAAGAAAAGAUUCUUGCCUGAACUUGGACAAUUUGUUGGCUGAUAAAAUGGCAGUUUGGUUUCCUUUACAAGCAAAUUAGAGUUAUUUUCAAGGAGGAAACAUUCAAUCCCUCUUUGGUGAAAUAAAUCACUGCAUUUAGUUAUAUGUUUGUUCCUGAUAGAACUGCUAUUAGAGAAUCUUGUGUUUUUCUUUAAAGUUUUAGAUUUAAAGACGUUAUUUUGUAUAACCCAUAUUUUUAUCUGCAAAGUGAUUUUCUUAACUGUGAAUAUUAAAAACAAAAAGAAAUAUAGAGCUUUAGAUUAAUAUAAUUCCCCAAUGUGAUGGGCAACAACGGGGUUUGUUUGAAACCUCACUUGGAAACCUGUUGAAUCAGUUAAAUUCAAACGUAUAAUUUUUAUUGAUUUUGAUCAAAUAUCUGCACGAUAUUAUGGAUUCUGAUGCAUCUGCUCACUAAAAGUUUAUUCAUUCGAUAAAAUUGUGUAGUCUGUUUGCAUGAUUUAAUUCUUUGACUGCAUUUCUUUAUAAUAGGAGAAAUUUUUUGAUGGGGUUUGUUCCACUGAUGAAUUGGGAAUGAAGUUCAAUAAAUUGCUUGGAAUAGAUAUGACUGAUGAUGGCAAGCAAGAUAAGAAUGCUGGCAGGAAUCCACCAUGGGUGCAGUGCUGCCUGAAAUCUUAUUAUCUUGACAAAAGCAACAAGUGGGGAAGUAGACAAUUUAGAAUCUUUGAAACCAAGCUCGUUGGUUGAGGAGUUUGACAACAAUGUAUGGCCCAGUUGCAGGAAUCCCUUACUGUAUAACGGUAUUUGCAAGAACUCGGGAAAUUACUUGCUUAAACUGGUCCCCAAAGUGCCCUGUAUAUAUAUAUAUAUAUAUAUAUAUAUAGACAUUAGUUAUCAACCUCCUGCAUCAGUUUUGUAGCCAUCAGUCCAGUUUGUGGAACACUGAAUGUAUUCUCUUGGAGAAGUAUUUAGGAA